GAGAGCCGUAACGGCUGACGCUGCCCCCCCGCUGGCACCCAUGGGAGGGUGUGUGGGCACCCACCACGACUCCUCGGGCAGCCUGAACGAGAACUCUGACGGGACUGGAGAUGUCCUUCACAGAGACACCUUACAAGAAAAAAACAACAACAUGGUGCGACCAAACACCUGAGCAUGCACUAAAUAAAUAGUGCUCACUUGUGGCUUUAGGUCGUAACCAACCUUUGAAAAAAGACAAACCGAAGUGGAAAAGUGAUUAUCCUAUGACAGAUGGACAGUUGCGGAGCAAACGGGAUGAGUUCUGGGACACUGCACCUGCAUUUGAAGGACGAAAAGAGAUUUGGGAUGCCUUAAAGGCUGCUGCACAUGCUUUUGAAAGUAAUGAUCAUGAACUGGCACAAGCAAUUAUUGAUGGUGCAAGUAUAACAUUACCACAUGGUGCCCUUACAGAGUGCUACGACGAAUUAGGGAAUAGAUACCAGCUGCCUGUUUACUGCCUAGCCCCACCAAUCAAUAUGAUUGAGGAGAAAAGUGACACAGAGACUCUGGACAUCCCUGAGCCACCACCAAACUCUGGCCAUGAAUGUCAGCUGCGCCUGCGCCUCUCUACAGGAAAGGACCUCAGGCUCAUAGUGCGCAGCACGGACACUGUAUAUCACAUGAAGCGGCGCCUUCAAACAGCAGAAGCAGUGGAGCCUGCAAGCCAGCGCUGGUUCUUUUCUGGACGACCACUCACAGAUAAAAUGAGACUGGAAGAACUAAAGAUCCCCAAGGACUAUGUAGUACAAGUUAUAGUAAGCCACCCUGUUCCAAACCCCACCCCAGUAGAGAAUUGAUCAUCUCAGAAAAAAAGACAAAUACGCACACCGUCCAUUUUCUCUCCUCAGAUCACUCCUUACUAUGUUUGUACUCAGCCCGUAACUUUUUUUUUUCUUCUUAAAGUCCCGCUAGUCUUUUGCUGCCAGAGCAAUGCAAUGCAUUCCAGGCCUCCUCGGAAGCAAAGAGAUUACCAGUGGGAGCCAUGUGUGUGUGACUGCAGACGGAAGAGCCGGCCUUCCUCUGAGGUCACUAAAGAAUAUUAUUUGACUUUCUUAAUACUGCAACAAAAAUACUUUUUAUAUCAGGAAAUCUGAUCUUUUUUAUCUGUUCUUUAAUGGUUUGGACUGUAUGUGGAUUAUUUAGCAUUGCACUUUUAAAAAAAAAAAAAUGAAAUCUUGAAACUCACUAA